AGUUUGGUCUCUUCCCCUCCUACUCCGUGGUAAUAAUAUAUGUAUAUGUAACGUCUGUAACCUCCAAUUCCUUCACAGCUUUAUCAAUAUAUGCCUUAUAAUACAAAGGGAAGAAGAGAGAAAAGGCAAAGGAUAUAUAUUUUAUAGAGAAAAUAAUAAUAUCAUAAUAUCAUAAGAUAAUAAGAUUAUAAUAAGAUAGGGUGAAUUUCUCUUUAAUAAUAAGAAAUAAAAGUAUAGUUGAGAUAAGUCUAUCUAAUCUAAUCUGAUCUACUGUUGUUAAAGUUUAAAACUUCUAAAAAAUAUUGAAAAAAAAAAAAAUUAUAAAUUUUUACAAGCACUUAAAUUUAAUAUGUAUUAUUUUUAUAGUUACUUCUAUAAAAUAACUGUUAGCAUAUGUAUGAUUAAUUAUAAUUAAUAUUUGAUUUAACUACAUUGUUUAUGUUUAUUUUCUGUCAUCACAAUAAGGCUAAGAAUUAUUAGAGUAAAGUAAAGAGUACUAAGUAAAGAGGCUAUAAAUCAACUUUAUGUAACUUAUCUAAAUGAAAAAAUAGAAUGUGAAAAACUCUUGAACUCAUCUGAUGUUCAAAACCCUUCAAUAAAUCAAAGAUGUCUGACUCAAAGUACACAUCAAUUUUCUUUUGCUGAUGAUAUUGCUAACUCAUUGGUUAUUGAUAUAUUUUAUCUGAACAAAAAGACCCACAAAAUAAAUCAGAACAUUUUGGGUGAAUUAGCUACCGAUAAAAAUUUUGAAGAAGAGAUUAAGAUGACAAUUAAUGAGUUUCGUAUACCUAUAUCGGACAUAACUAAUAAUUUAUUAGUCAUAUUUAUUGAUAGUAAAACCAGAUUCUGGAUUUGCAGUUAGAAUAUGUAAUAGAAAAAAACUGCGAAAGCGAUGUUCUUAGAUUCAUGAGUCUUAUAAAGACUCAUAAUACUUAUAACAGCAAGACAAAAAACAAUUAAUUAUUUUGAACUUAAAGGAAAAUAUGAUGAGUGAAAACGGUAGUCAAAGAAAUAUAGCUAUUGAUAACAACUUCGUUAAUUUACAGAAUAUAUUAGAAUUAUUAAAUUUUCCAAUAAAUGAAGAACAAGCGUGGUCGAUAUGUUAUCAAGCAUUAAAAUUUUUUCUUGACGAAUCAAAUGUAUUUUGCAGAAUAUUGAAAUUUUCUCAAAUUUUACUUCACAAAAAUGGCAAUGUAACGUUGGAAUUAUUGAAAGAUGCAGAAAAUGUAAGAGACGUUACCGAAAAAGAUGCUAUCUUUUCUUUAGGUUUGAUAUUAUUUAAUGCAUUAGAUUAUGGUCUUAGUGAAGAGGUGGAAAUUUCGUUACGUCCAGAAUUACAACAUCUUAUUGCGUGCAUGACAAACCUGAGUAUAGAUAUUUCAGUUGAUUUAGGCGAUAAAGAUAAUGAAAAAAUUGUAAAUGAUCAAGAAGUGUCCCAUCGUGGAAGACAGAUGACAAAUCAAAUAUUACAUAUGUGUAUUAAAAAUUUACGAAUGACGGACAACGAUGAAGUUGAUACUUAUUAUAAGAAUGUUAUAAGUUCUCUGGUUUGUGAAUCAACAGAGAUUUUUAAUUGCUUGAACAGAGAAUUUAUAGGACAGAAAAUUGCGAAAUCUCGAAAUAUGAAGGUUGACUCUGAAUGUACAGAAACAACAAAUUUGCAAUAUGCUAAUUCAGCUGAUGGGCGAAUUUGGAGAGCUAUUCAGGUUCGAUUUUGGGGUCAAGUUAUUGAUGAGCUUGAGAAAAAAAUAACGGUAUUUUCAGAUGAUGAUGAUACUGAUGAUGAUGAUGAUGAUGAUAAUGACCGUAAAUGUAAUCAUGAUGAUCAUUUAAGAUAUGUACCAUAUCUUCUAAAAAAGAAAAAGAAAUGUAAAUCAUCUGCUCACGAAAUUCUUAUGGAUGAUAUUCGCAAGCGUCGAUAUUGUUUAAAAAAUAUAUCUCGUUCAUCAAUAUCAUUAAAAAAAGAUAGUUUUUCAGCUAUAUUAGAACUUGUAAAAAGUAAACCACAACUGAAGAAGGCCUCUGAUCGCGUUUUACCACCAUUGAAAAAAGAAUAUAAUUUACAUGAAUUGCUGAUGGAAAGUAUUAAGAGACCACCUAAACCAUUAAGAUCUACUAGGAAUCCCAAAAUGUCCGAUCAAAAUAUUUUCUGGCUAGACGUUGACAUAGAAUCAACUAAUAAUUACUUUAAAAAAGAAGAAAUGUUGCCUACUUCACAAAAUUUGCGCAAACUUAUUCCUGUAGAUUUUGAUCUUAAGUUAGAUGAAGAUGAAGAAGAUGACGCAGACAAUAAUAUUACCAUUGACAGUAAUGUGAGGAAGAACAUAGUGAUCCAUAAAAGUAGUAAGUGUAUAAGUAAACUACUGAGAAGUGUUGAUAAAAUCGAAAAUACGAACAGUCGGGAUGAUUCAUGGAAAUUACAUGAUGGGCUACAAUUAACCAAACAUGAAUAUCAUAAAUUUUGCGAUGUUCAACUUGAAUCUUAUGACUUAGCAACACAAUGCCCAUCGAGACAAGUAUCAGCCCGGAAACACAGAGAUGAAUUUCAAAUUAUUAGCAAAUAUUCUAAAGAUGAUCCUGAUAAUGAAUAUCAGCAAGAUUCUAGAAAAAAUUGUUUAAAUUUUCAAUCUUCAAAUGUUCAAUUCACUUUGAUAAAGAAACCUGUACCAAAACCAAGAAAUACCAUCGAAAAAGGCAAGACAUCUUUAUCAGACGAAACAUCAAAUGAGAAGGUGGUGAACCAGUGUUUAAAUGAAAUGCUACUUGAGGAUAGACUUUCAUUGACUUUGGAAGAAAUUGUGCACAUACGGAAUGUAUUAACAAAAGCAGAAUUAGAAUCACUUCCUGUUGAAGGCAGCGUAAAGGAGGAUGUAGAAAAGCGAAGAAUUUGCUUUCUUUGUUUGAAAACUCGUUUUGGGAUACUAGGUCCUUGGGGUCAACGUUGUCGGCUUUGUGAUAGGACAAUCUGCGUAAAAUGUUACUCAAAAAUGAAAAUUCCUACUGACCAUUUUUCACAAGUUCCGGUUUUACUUUUAUCCCCAGCAUUGCUUCUUUCACCAUCGUCCAUGCAAUCAGAUUCAGAUGUCAUAAAAAACUCAUGGUCAAAAUGUAAUAGAGCAUUUGAUUCUGCACCAACUUCACCAGCAGCAAAACGUCAGAAUCCUGAAAUACCUAACGAUAUCUUAUUAAAGCCUUCAAAUAAAACAAAAUUUACUAAGCAAUCUGAAACUUCAAAUAAAACUUUUAAAAAUAUACUCUAUGAGACAACAGCAGCACGUUUUGACUACGAAAAAAGAACGUUCCUGGAGGCAUCAGAAAGUCCAAUAAAAUUUUCUAUCGCGAGAACAUUGAGAGCGCAGUACCGGAACAAUCCAGACCAAGAAUUAAAAAUUGACCGUCUACGUGGAAUAUCGAUGGUUGUGUGCCAUGAUUGUCGUCUGAUGGUUGCUCAAAUAAUCAAGAGUUCUCGUUCAACACGAGCUAAUAUAAGAAAUAAUGUGAUAUCUCGUUUAACGCUCAACUUGUCACCAGCGUAUAUUUGAAAAAUAAACGUAUAUUUGAUUGAAUUUAAUAAAACCAGCUUGCAUUGUAAA